AUGAGAAGAUCGCUGCCCACUGAAGUGGACUUUCUCGUUCUCGGGGCUGGGUGGACGUCCGACUUCCUCAUACCAUUGUUGGAGAAGAAAGAUAUUGCGCAUGCCGCCACGACUCGAGACGGCAGAAAUGGCACAAUCGCCUUCACGUUCGACCCCGAAUCGGAGGAUGAGGCACCCUUCAGGCAGCUGCCAGCGAGCAAAACAGUGCUGAUUACUUUCCCACUCAAAGGCAAGGGACCUUCGCUACGGCUAACCGAUCUCUACGCCAAGACCCAUGGCGGCCUGAAGCCCAACUUCAUCCAACUCGGCGUCACCAGCAUAUGGACCGGGAAGGGCUGGCAGGAUCACACAUCGCCGUACGAUAAGACGCAUCCGCGAGCCAUUGCUGAAGACGAGCUGAUGGCUGUCGCUGGAGGAGUCGCACUCGAUCUCUCCGGUUUGUUCGGCGGCGCCCGGCAGCCACGCCACUGGGUAGACCGUGUGAUCAAGUCCAAGGCCGAUCUGCGUGCCAAGGGUGCACUCCAUAUCGUCCAUGGCGAGGACGUAGCGCGAGCAAUCGUCGCCCUCCAUCACAAUUUUACCCCAGGCCAGCGCUGGCUACUGACAAACCUGCACGUCUAUGACUGGUGGACCCUCAUCCACGGCUGGGCGCUUGAGGCAUUGCGGGGAGUCGAGGCUGGAGGGAAUGGGGAGAGUGAUAACGCUCGGCUUGCUCGCCAUGAAGAGCUGCUUCGAUGGGUUGGCGAGCUUAUGGAGGAGGAAGGCGUGAAGGCAUUGCCACGCGACAGUACUAGAUUUGAAAGAGCCCUUGACGGCCGUGCCUUUUGGGCCAAGAUGGGAAUAUUGCCUCUGUACACACAGGUUUAA